AUGGCGGCAGAGGCCUUUUGUGCAUUCGACAAGGACGGGAGUGGGUACCUCACCCUGCAGGAGCUCUGCGAGGCGCUCGAGUCAAUCGGAUGCGACGUGACCAUGGAUAGAGCAGAGUCUCUUCUCUCCAUUAUUGACGCCAACAAUGACGGUAAGGUUCAGCUCUGUGAAUUUGAACAGCUGAUGUACAUCUUGCAACACGCAGACCUAGCCUGUGACGAGUCCGUCCUUUUCUAUGCUACCGAUCUCGACCGGUCCGGGUCCAUAGGCACUAACGAGCUACACAGCAUAUUAACAAAAAUAGGGAUUGACUGCUCACAGAGAAGGGUCGAACAGCUUAUGGGCCGAAUAUGCAGCGGAGAGAUGAACUACGUUGAGUUUAUGCGACUUAUGACUACAGUGCGCCAAUGCCUCAGGCUACAUAGCCAACCAAACACCCCUAACACCACCCACGAGUAUGCUUGA